UGACACAGUUGUAUUGACCGGAAGUAGCGCGCUAACGUUCUAUAAGCCCGCUUUCGUUCUGUGGGUUACCAUGAUAACGUUAUACAGACUCCGGGGUCUGUUAAUAUCUCACGGAUUUAAACACGCAACCAAAUUGAUAUCAAAUGAACAACUUCUUAACGUCGUCUUACUUCCGUGUUUCGCUUCAGGAAGAGCUGUCAGCUCUUACAGGAAAGACAUUCAUGGUGUUUCUCACCGUAAAGCAGUUAAAGGACACUUGACUCUGAACUCUUUCAGCACUGUCACAGUCAACAGACUCUGCUGGAAAUGCGGAUCUUCAGCUCAAUUCUUUUUCUGUCCGUCCUGUAAUGUGAUCCAGCCUCCUGAUGACAAGACGAAUUAUUUUGACCUCUUGAACUGUGAACAAACAUUUUCUUGGGACACCCAGAAACUUCAGCAAAGAUAUGUGGAGCUGCAAAGAGCUGUCCAUCCUGAUAACUUCAGCCAGAAAUCAUUGAAAGAGCAGCAAUAUUCAGAAGAACAAUCAGCAUUGGUGAACAAAGCCUACAGAACGCUGCAGAAACCUCUGAGUCGGGCCGUCUACAUGGUAAUUAUUUGUUUAGUAAAUAUUUGUUGUGUAUAUGGCAGCUGUAGGUUAUAUACAGUGACCCCAAAAAACUUUUGGAUGCAUAAGCGAUAAGCCACACUAAAACUG